AUGGAGCGGAGGGAGGAGGAGGAGGCCUACGAGCCGGAAUCAAGGAGAAUGUCGGGCCUUAUGAUGGCAGUUCUUGGAGGCAUCAUCAUAUCUGCCUUUGUUCUCCUCGUCUUGCUUCUUGUCUCUGAAUCCUACAUGACUAUGCCGGCCAAAUGCCUUCCCUUGGAGGACCCUAAGCUGGCAGAGAAAGUGGGAGACUCAACUCGACAAUGUUUCGAAAAGGAUACAAACUUACGGGUAGAUCGAGACAAGCCUAGUGAAGAGAAAGAUCAAGCAUGUGAUGAAAUGACUCCAAACGAAUAUCGAGCGUCCGUAAGAGUGCAAGUAAUUACCGAUAGAACGGGUUAUGGGAAAACUGUCUUGGUUCCGGAGACUACGAUAUAUGAUUCAGCUUUUGAACGUUGGCACAUCAACGGAACAAAGCAGAUGGCGUGGGCGAUGACAUAUUGCCUUUGUCCUGGGUGCAAUGGUAUCCAUCCAGGAGUUUGUGAAGAAUGUACACCGAGGACGCCUGGAUGUGAUGUGGAGCCUCCUGAGUUCGACUGUUGGGUCCGCAUCAGAAGGAGCGAAGCUGGAUUCCCCAUAUUCAACAUAGGAGUGACGAAAGUGCGCUUCGAGAAGUUCAGGGCGGAGAGAAAUGAUGCUUUCUUGAUUUCUCUCAUCUUCUUCAUAGUCUUGUUCGGGUUGCUUCUCAUCGCGGGAUUUUUCCUUGGUUUGCCGGCCAAGCUUUUUGGAAAUUCUGACAAGAGCUACACCCCG